GUCGGGGCAAGUCAAUAUAAAUUGAAAAUUGGAAAGCCCCCCUAAUGGCGACAAAAUUCCCGAUGACGCCUUCCGGCAUCAGCUCCCACUUUCUUUCACUCUUGUAUACCCUUUUCCGGUAGGGUGAGAAGAUGACGGGCUUCAGUGAAAAGCCAAUACUGAUAGAUGGCCGUGGCCAUCUACUUGGUCGCUUAGCAGCUAUCAUUGCUAAAACUAUUCUGCAGGGCAAUAAAGUCAUCGUUGUUCGUAGCGAGCAGCUUAAUAUUUCUGGAAACUUCUUUAGAAACAAGCUGAAGUUCAUGUCUUUCCUUCGUAAAAGGUGCAAUGUGAACCCAGCACGUGGUCCUUUCCAUUUCCGUGCACCCAGUAAGAUUCUGUGGAAAACAGUACGUGGAAUGGUUCCACAUAAAACACAGAGGGGCAAGGAUGCUCUUAGAAGACUAAAGGUAUAUGAAGGAUGCCCACCACCUUAUGACCGUAGAAAACGCGUUGUUGUCCCAGGAGCUAUGAGAGUAAUGUGCCUGAAACCUGGCAGGAAGUAUUGUCAUGUCGGUCGUUUAUCGCAUGAAGUAGGCUGGAAAUACAAGGCUGUGGUGCGUACUCUCGAAAACAAGAGACGCGUCAGAUCUAUUUUGGAGGUACAAAAGAGGAACAAGCUUAAGAAACUCACCAAACAGGCUGGUGAAUCUGUUGCAAAGACCACGGCACCAUAUACAAAAAUUAUCAAUAAUUUUGGAUACAAUUAAUACCGUGUAUUAUAAGAGGAAAAUAAAACCUUGUCCACUCUAAAAA